AUGUGGUGUCAACACUGUUUGUUACAGCAUUUGUUAAAUUGUUCUUGGGAAGAAAUUGGUGAGGUGGACGAAAACUACGCUCCAAUACACACAUACCAAGUAUGCAAAGUAAUGGAACAGAAUCAGAACAACUGGCUUCUGACCAGCUGGAUCUCUAAUGAAGGGGCAUCCCGCAUCUUCAUUGAGCUCAAAUUCACCCUGAGGGACUGUAACAGCCUUCCAGGAGGACUUGGGACUUGCAAAGAGACUUUUAACAUGUAUUAUUUCGAAUCAGAUGAUGAAGAUGGGAGGAACAUCAAAGAAAACCAGUAUAUUAAGAUCGAUACCAUCGCUGCUGACGAGAGCUUCACAGAGCUAGACCUUGGUGACAGAGUUAUGAAGCUAAACACAGAGGUGAGAGAUGUUGGGCCCCUGUCAAAAAAGGGAUUUUACCUCGCUUUCCAGGACGUGGGCGCCUGCAUCGCCCUGGUCUCUGUGCGCGUGUACUACAAGAAAUGCCCAUCAGUCAUUCGCAACCUGGCCCACUUUCCUGACACCAUCACAGGAGCGGAUUCUUCGCAGUUGCUGGAGGUGUCUGGUGUCUGUGUCAACCACUCAGUGACUGAGGAGGCGCCGAAGAUGCACUGCAGUGCUGAGGGGGAAUGGCUGGUGCCCAUCGGGAAGUGCUUGUGCAAGGCAGGGUACGAGGAGAAGAACAACACCUGCCAAGUAUGCAGACCUGGGUUCUUCAAAGCUUCACCCCACAGUCCAUCCUGCAGCAAAUGUCCCCCUCACAGCUACACGCUUGAUGAAGCAUCCACAUCUUGCCUGUGUGAAGAACACUAUUUUAGGAAGGAAUCAGACCCACCUACAAUGGCCUGUACAAGACCCCCCUCUGCUCCUCGGAGUGCCAUCUCAAAUGUUAACGAGACUAGUGUCUUUCUGGAAUGGAUUCCCCCUGCUGAUACUGGUGGAAGGAAAGAUGUGUCUUAUUAUAUUGCAUGCAAGAAGUGCAACUCACACUCAGGUCUGUGUGAGGCAUGUGGCAGUCAUGUCAGGUACCUCCCCCAGCAAACCGGCCUGAAAAACACCUCUGUCAUGAUGGUGGAUCUGCUUGCUCAUACAAACUAUACCUUUGAAAUUGAGGCAGUGAAUGGAGUGUCCGACCAGAACCCUGGAGCCCGACAGUUUGUGUCUGUAAAUGUAACCACAAACCAGGCAGCACCUUCUCCAGUCAGUAGCGUGAAAAAAGGGAAGAUAACUAAAAAUAGCAUCUCCCUUUCCUGGCAGGAGCCAGAUCGACCCAACGGCAUCAUCCUGGAAUACGAAAUCAAAUAUUUUGAAAAGGACCAGGAGACGAGCUACACCAUCAUCAAAUCCAAAGAGACGACGAUUACAGCAGAUGGCUUGAAACCAGGCUCCGCAUACGUCUUCCAGAUCCGAGCCCGGACGGCGGCUGGAUUUUUUUUCAGGAGAUUUCAGUUUGAAACCAGCCCAGUGUCAGUAGCUGCAUCCAGUGACCAGAGCCAGAUUCCUAUAAUUGUUGUGUCUGUAACAGUGGGAGUCAUUCUGCUGGCUGUUGUUAUUGGUUUCCUUCUCAGCGGAAGUUGCUGCGAUCAUGGCUGUGGGUGGGCUUCUUCUCUGCGUGCUGUUGCCUAUCCGAGCCUAACAUGGCGAUGUGGCUACAGCAAGGCUAAACAAGAUCCAGAAGAAGAAAAGAUGCAUUUUCAUAAUGGCCACAUUAAGCUGCCUGGAGUAAGGACCUACAUUGAUCCCCACACCUAUGAGGAUCCUAAUCAAGCUGUCCAUGAGUUUGCUAAGGAAAUUGAAGCUUCAUGCAUAACCAUUGAAAGAGUUAUUGGAGCUGGUGAAUUUGGGGAGGUCUGCAGCGGGCGGCUGAAGCUACAUGGAAAGCGUGAGUUUCCAGUGGCUAUCAAAACCCUGAAGGUGGGCUACACGGAGAAACAGAGGCGGGAUUUCUUGGGAGAAGCAAGUAUCAUGGGGCAGUUCGACCACCCCAACAUCAUCCACCUUGAAGGAGUCGUCACAAAAAGCAAACCAGUAAUGAUAGUGACCGAAUAUAUGGAGAACGGUUCUCUGGAUACAUUUUUAAAGAAGAAUGAUGGGCAGUUCACGGUCAUCCAGCUGGUUGGGAUGCUGCGGGGCAUCGCGUCAGGAAUGAAGUACCUGUCUGACAUGGGCUACGUACACAGAGAUCUGGCUGCCAGGAAUAUCCUGAUCAACAGCAACUUAGUCUGCAAAGUGUCAGACUUUGGCCUCUCCAGAGUCCUGGAAGAUGACCCAGAAGCAGCAUACACAACCAGGGGAGGGAAGAUCCCCAUCCGAUGGACAGCACCCGAAGCUAUCGCCUUCCGCAAAUUCACGUCGGCCAGCGACGUCUGGAGCUACGGCAUCGUGAUGUGGGAGGUGAUGUCCUACGGCGAGAGGCCCUACUGGGAAAUGACAAACCAAGAUGUGAUUAAAGCCGUGGAGGAGGGCUAUCGCCUGCCAAGUCCCAUGGACUGCCCUGCUGCUCUCUACCAGCUCAUGCUCGACUGCUGGCAGAAAGACCGCAACAGCAGGCCCAAGUUUGACGAAAUUGUCAGCAUGUUGGACAAGCUCAUCCGUAACCCAAGCAGCUUGAAGACAUUGGUUAAUGCAUCGAGCAGAGUAUCAAAUCUGCUGGUAGAGCACAGUCCACUUGGGAGUGGUGCCUACAGGUCAGUGGGUGAGUGGCUGGAAGCCAUCAAAAUGGGCCGAUACACAGAGAUCUUCAUGGAGAAUGGAUACAGUUCGAUGGAUGCUGUGGCUCAGGUGACCCUAGAGGAUUUGAGGCGGCUGGGAGUGACACUUGUUGGUCACCAGAAGAAGAUAAUGAACAGCCUUCAAGAGAUGAAGGUCCAGUUGGUGAAUGGGAUGGUGCCAUUGUAACUCGGUUUUAAAGUCGCUUCCUCAAGUGGGUCGGUCCUGCACUUUGUACACUAGCCCUGAGAUUUAUUUUGACUAA